GAAAGGUCAAUUUCCCGCCGGGCUUUGCUCCUGGUCGUGGGGUAAGGUGGGCUUUUCAGUGGUAUCCUCACUUGAGUGGAGAUCUGGGGGAUACCCUUUUAGUCCUGGGGAUAGAGUGACUGCUUGCGAGUCGGUUCAGCAGUGCCUCAGGUUCUCAAGAAAAAAAACAAUCAGCGAAUGAUAUUCAGGUUUAUUCCUAUAUAAGGUCAACAUGAAACUUUUGUGAAGUCCCCACAUCCUGUAAGAAUCAAAGAAAGCAUCAGAAAUUCCAUGAGUUUCUUCAGCUUCUGCAAGUUGUGCUCUUGAGCUUUUGAGGAGUUCAGAACAAUCCAGAUUUCCCAGGUCUUUGGGAACAUGACUGAACCUGGCUUAUUGACACGUUGCUGGUUGUGACUUCAAAACCCUAAGACUCUGAGCUUUUGGUCCAGAGCCCAAGAGGAGCCUCGGCACCAUUCUCACUGGGGGCAUGUGGGCUCCAGGUGGCCCCCACGGCGACCUGGAUUCCCAUUUGACUCAGAGUCACAGGCUGUAGCGCUUCCUCUAAAUUUGCAUCAUGGGCUUGUAGGGACUGCUUCACUGAGCCAUGGUCUGUUCGGCUGCCCCUCUGCUGCUCCUGGCCACAACUCUUCCCCUGCUGGGGUCACCAGUUGCCCAAGCAUCCCAACCUGGACAGAGUCAGGCUGGAGGGGAAUCUGGAUCUGGGCAGCUCCUGGACCAACAGAAUGGAGCAGGAGAAUCAGCGCUGGUCUCCGUCUAUGUACAUCUGGACUUUUCAGAUAAGACCUGGCCCCAUGAAGUCUCCAGGACCCUGACUCUCCCUGCUGCUUCAGCUUCCUCUUCCCCAAGGCCUCUUCUCACUGGCCUCAGACUCACAACAGAGUGUAAUGUCAACCACGAGGGGAAUUUCUAUUGUGCUUGCCUCUCUGGCUACCAGUGGAACACCAGCAUCUGCCUCCAUUACCCUCCUUGUCAAAGCCCCCAGAACCACCAGCCUUGUGGCUGCCUUGUCUUCAGCCAUCCUGAACCCGGGUACUGCCAGUUGCUGCCACCUGGGUCCCCUGUCACCUGCCUCCCUGCAGUCCCCGGGACCCUCAGCCUGAACUCCCAGCUGCAGAUGCCUGGUGACACACUGAGCCUGACUCUUCUGCUGAGCCAGGAGGCCACCGACCUGAGCUGGUUCCUGAGGCACCCAGGGAGCCCCAGUCCCAUCCUCCUGCAGCCAGGGACACAGGUGUCUGUGACUUCCAGCCACGGCCAGGCUGCCCUCAGUGUCUCCAACAUGUCCCAUCACUGGGCAGGUGAGUACAUGAGCUGCUUUGAGGCCCAGGGCUUCAAGUGGAACCUGCACGAGGUGGUGAGGGUGCCCUUGAAGGCGACAGAUGUGGCUCGACUUCCAGACCAGCUGUCCAUCUCCUGUGCCACCUCCCCUGGCUUCCAGCUGAGCUGCUGCAUCCCCAGCACAAACCUGGCCUACACCGUGACCUGGAGCCCUGGAGAGGGCAGCAAAGCCUCCUCCUUCAACGAGUCAGGCUCUCAGUGCUUUGUGUUGGCUGUUCAGCACUGCCCAAUGACUGACUCCGUGUACACUUGUGACCUGCAGAGCCCUGGCCUGGCUCCACUCAGGGUCCCCAUCUCCAUCACCAUCAUCCAGGAUGGGGACAUCACCUGCCCUGAGGACACCUCAGUGCUUACCUGGAAUGUCACCAAGGCUGGCCACGUGGCACAGGCCCCAUGUCCUGAGAGCAAGAGGGGCAUAGUGAGGAGGUUUUGUGCAGCUGACGGAGUCUGGGGGCCUGUCCACAGCAGCUGCACAGAUGCGAGGCUCCUGGCCUUGUUCACUAGAGCCAAGCUGCUGCAGGCAGGCCAGGGCAGUCCUGCUGAGGAGGUACCACAGAUCCUGUCACAGCUGCCAGGGCAGGCGGCAGAGGCAAGUUCACCCUCCGACUUACUGACCCUGCUGAGCACCAUGAAAUACCUGGCCAAGGCGGUGGCAAAGGCCAGAAUACAGCUUGACUGCAGCGCCCUGAAGAAUCUCCUGAUUGCCACAGACAAGGUCCUAGAUAUGGACACCAGGUCUCUGUGGACCCUGGCCCAAGCCCGGAAGCCCUGGGCAGGCUCAACUCUCCUGCUGGCUGUGGAGACCCUGGCAUGCAGCCUGUGCCCACAGGACCACCCCUUCACCUUCAGCUUGCCCAAUGUGCUGCUGCAGAGCCAGCUGUUUGGACCCACGUUUCCUGCUGACUACAGCAUCUCCUUCCCUACUCGGCCCCCACUGCAGGCUCAGAUUCCCAGGCACUCACUGGCCCCACUGGUCCGUAAUGGAACUGAAAUAAGUAUUACUAGCCUGGUGUUGCAAAAACUGGACCACCUUCUGCCUUCAAACUAUGGACAAGGGCUGGGGGAUUCCCUCUAUGCCACUCCUGGCCUGGUCCUUGUCAUUUCCAUCAUGGCAGGCGACCAGGCCUUCAGCCAGGGCGAGGUCAUCAUGGAUUUUGGGAACACGGAUGGUUCCCCUCACUGUGUCUUCUGGGAUCACAGCCUCUUCCAGGGCAGGGGGGGUUGGUCCAAAGAAGGGUGCCAGGCACAGGCGGCCAGUGGCAGUCCCACUGCUCGGUGCCUCUGCCAGCACCUCACUGCCUUCUCCGUCCUCAUGUCCCCACACACUGUUCCGGAAGAACCCGCUCUGGCGCUGCUGACUCAAGUGGGCUUGGGAGCUUCCAUACUGGCGCUGCUUGUGUGCCUGGGUGUGUACAGGCUGGUCUGGAGAGUCGUGGUGCGGAACAAGGUCUCCUAUUUCCGCCACGCCGCCCUGCUCAACAUGGUGCUCUGCUUGCUGGCCGCAGACACUUGCUUCCUAGGCGCCCCCUUCCUCCCUCCAGGGCCCCGAAGCCCGCUCUGCCUGGCUGCCACCUUCCUCUGUCAUUUCCUCUACCUGGCCACCUUUUUCUGGAUGCUGGCGCAGGCCCUGGUGUUGGCCCACCAGCUGCUCUUUGUCUUUCACCAGCUGCCGAAGCACCGAGUUCUCCCCCUGAUGGUGCUUCUGGGCUACCUGUGCCCACUGGGGUUGGCGGGUGUCACCCUGGGGCUCUACCUACCUCAAGGGCAAUACCUGAGGGAGGGGGAAUGCUGGUUGGAUGGGAAGGGAGGGGCGUUAUACACCUUCGUGGGGCCAGUGCUGGCUAUUGUAGGUGUGAAUGGGCUGGUACUAGCCAUGGCCAUGCUGAAGUUGCUGAGACCUUCGCUGUCAGAGGGACCCCCAGCGGAGAAGCGCCAAGCUCUGCUGGGGGUGAUCAAAGCCCUGCUCAUUCUCACACCCAUCUUUGGCCUCACCUGGGGGCUGGGCCUGGCCACUCUGUUAGAGGAAGUCUCCGUGGUCCCUCAUUACAUCUUCACCAUUCUCAACACCCUCCAGGGUGUCUUCAUCCUAUUGUUUGGUUGCCUCAUGGACAAGAAGGUACAAGAAGCUUUGCGCAAACGCUUCUGCCGUGCCCAAGCCCCCAGCUCCACCAUCUCCCUGGUGAGUUGCUGGCUUCAGAUCCUCAGCUCUCCCUCCGAGAGCAUGUCAGAAGGCAUUCCACGGCCUUCCUCAGAGGACAUGGGCACAGCCAGAAGUUGAGAGAAGACUGGGGUUGUUUUUUAGAAUGAGCAGGUUUCAGGUUCCAGCUCCCCACCGGUGAAAUGAGCAGCCUGGUCAGAGCAGUCAGGAUCAGGGUCCCGGGUUCCUGAUCAUCACCUGGACUCCUGCUGAUUCUCUUGUCUCUGGUUUCUCCAUCUAAAAAUCUGCCUCCAGUUAGCAUUUGAAGGAAAAGUGUGGGAUCAGAACUCAUGGGAGUUACUAUAGCGGAGAGCAAAAUUUCUAGGAUUCCUGCAGCCCAGGCAGGAGUGCAUGUGAGAAAGUAAAACGGAUACAACUUCUUCAAGGGAGAGUUGACAAUAAUAAUAAUCGCCCUGCAAUUGGGCCUUUCCACCCCUUCCUAGUCCACAAAUGAAGGCUACAUCUUGGAACACAGCAAAGGAGGAAGUGACACUGCCAGGUGAGAACUAGACUUUCUCAGGGGCAGUGUAAGCAGGGUGGAUUGAGGACGGUGUGGCAAAGGCCAAACCAACUUUGCCAAACUCCUGGCAAAGUUCUGGAGAGAAGCCUCCUCUUUCUAUACUCAGCCCACACCAAAGGGUAGGAAACAGGUUUUUCUAGGGUAGCCAUUGCUAGAUGGGUGGGGGACGGUGGAAAUGUCAGAGAGCAGAAGGCAUAGCUAGCACCUUCUCUUGCUUUCCAAGAAAGCAAGAAGUUUCACCACCACCAGUCCUUGACUCAGUUUCUCUGAAAAUUCCUUUUCACAUUAUCACACUUCUUAUUAUCAUGAGAGUCAUGCCUUGAAGGGAUUGCCAUGGGUGGGCUUGGUAUCCAGAGGGGAGGGCAGCCUGCAGAAGUUGGGCGCGGUAUCCAUUCACCACUCCCGAGCUCUUUCACAGGAAGACAGAUGCUUCAGAGUGAACCACACACGGACCCAUGUUCCUGCAAGGGAGUUGAGGCUAUGUGCUUGAACCCACCAGAUGAGCCCUGGCCCAAUGCUCUGAACUCUUCCUGCCUCCCGGAGCUCAGCCCUUGAUAAAGUCAGGCUUCUAUUUCCCUUAGUCACACUCAUUUAUCUUACAGCUCACCCCUUCUCAUUUCUAAAGUAUCCAGCAAGAAUAGCAGGAAAAAUUAGCUAAAGGCACCUAAUGAAUAAGGCUGCCUUUGCUCCAGAAAUAAUCAACAGAUAUCAAAGUGCGUAAUAAUUACAAGUAAACUUUCUCAACCAGUUUUUAACUAUAACAAUACAUGUUGUGAAUGAAUAUGUUUGAUAAAAAUGGUUUUAAUUGACCUAUUCAGCGAUUUCUGAUGAUUUCUUUUGCAAUAGUUAUGAAGAAAGGACGACUUAAUUGACAGGAACCUCUGAUCUUCCAAACAUUGGAGAUGAAGGGCAGGACUUGGUUUGUCUCUUCUCAAGUUUAGGAAAAGAUGAAGUUAAUUGGUCCCUCUUUCUCUAACCUUUAAAAAAAAUAAAUAUAAAAUGUAAGUUUCA